UCCGUUUUACCCUACCACCCCCUCGUCAUCUACCGCAGAGCCAGAGAUCGAUGGGGAAUCUUAAUAAGCUAAUUCGUCUCUGAGAAUUGAGAGCUAUAUUUAUAUUUAUCCUGUUUUCAUAAUUACGGGGUAUAUUCUUAUAUUCUCGAUCUCUGAUCCACGAAUUGAAGGUAUGGCGGCGCCCAGAAUUAGCGGGGGUUCUGUUACGGACGAUCCAAGCCGUGGAGAGUUGCGUAUCAGAAUGACCAUCACUAGAGUGGUGAUGAUUUCGCCUUCUGGUGGUUCGCGGCCCGUCACGGUGGGGAAUAUUUCCUCCACCGUUAUCGUUGAUCCUGAACUGAUUUUUUCUUCCCCGGACGGCGUUUCUUCUACGAUUUCCGCCGAUCUCAUCAGCCAGUUCAACGUCAACCCUGUCACCGCCUGGCAGAGGGCUCGCCGGCUAGUCAAGUUCGCUCUUAGAAUUAUUCGCGGAGGUUGUUUGCGUUUCCCAUUUUUCAUGAACAUCGUCUUGGAAACACUGCCAGAUCCUCCGUCUCCUCUGCCAGAACCGCCGUCCCCUCAGCGUCUGCCGGCAUCAGUUCAUCCGCCUCCUUUGCCGCCGCCGCCAACACAUUUUCGGCACCAUCCGCCGCGGCAAACAGAUUUUCCGCCACCUCCGCCGCCAAUACUUUCUCGGCCGCCUCCGCCGCCAAUACUUUCUCGGCUACCUUCGCCUCCGCCGCCUCCUCCUCCUCAGCCGUCGCAGGCUGGGUAUUUGCUCGCCACCAUGGAGGUGCUUAUUGAGAUGGAAUUUGGCCGUCUUGGGUUGGGACCGCCGCUUGAGGCGAUUCAGGCGCUUGUUGACUCAAUAUAUCAUCGUUAUUAUUACGAGAUCAGUGAGCGGGAGAGUGCAUUCUCAGCAGCCGCCAUCGCCGCCGCUGGCAACAUCUCAACAGGGCUGUCGGCGAUUGAGAUUUCCAAUUUGAAGACGGAGAAGUUUGACGGCAACACAAAUGGUGAAUUGUGUUCUGUCUGUCUGGCCGAGUACAAGGAAGGCGACGUUAUCACGCCGUUAGAGCCGUCAUGUUCGCAUAUCUUCCACAACGAAUGCGUCGUUAAAUGGCUGAGGAAAAACCGGAGAUGCCCUCUUUGUCGAUCGCAAGUGGUGAUUAACCACAAUUAAGUUUGACGUAGUAAUUAAUGACUGUUAUUGAGUUCUAAUUACAUACGCACGUAAUUAGACUCCUAAUUACAUACACACGUAUUUUGCUAUUUUUGACGUAAUAGUUAUUGAGUUCUAUUUUUAUACGGAGUACAUCGGAAAACGGAUAAGGGUUUAAUGCACGCUCUCUCGUGAUAUAGAAAUUCAGCGCAUUAAUUCCUUGUGAUUUAAAAAAUGUGUUAAACUUGUGUUUUAGUCAAUCAUGC